AAACAACGCAACGCAAAGGGGGGAUUAAAUGCGCUAUUGUGUCUGCCCCCCGCUUCUAUGCGGAAGGCGCACGAUGGAACCAUCAUGUUACUCGCUCCGGUACUUUUGCGAUUAUUGAACAAAACCCUCAACGAGAACCAGCAGCUUGUUGGUACUUUGAUUUCUGUGCGCCAAUCGUUAGAAACGCGACCGCAAUGUCCACUCGAUUGAUCAUUUCGACACAGCAAUGGGCGCAAACUGAGCCGGACUUGGCGCACUACGAAGAGGACGUGCGACGAAAACGCGAAACGCUCCUCAAAAAAGAGCUGGCCCGUAUUGCUGAGCUGGAAUUGAGGGAAACGGAACAGUCCAGGCCCGAAUGUCUCAGACAGUUGAAGCUCUGGGUCGCUCAAAAUCAGGAUAUCCGCAACUGUCUCAUGGAUGACAAUUUUCUGCUGCGUUUCCUGCGAGUGAAGAAGUUCAGCAUCCCGAUGGCGCAGCAAACCUUGCUCAAGUACCUCAACUAUCGAAAGCGCUUCCCUCAAAUCUUCCUCGACAUGGAUUAUAGCGAUGCCAGCGUCAAUCAGUUGAUUUCCAGCGGGUACAUCUUUGUCAGCCCGCUGCGGGACACCAACGGAAGACGCGUGGUGAUCUACGAUUUGAGCAAAUUCAACCCCAAGAGGCACUCGGGCACUGACAUGGCGCGCGCCCAUGUCGUCACCUACGAGACCUUGCUGUCUGAGGAGGAAAAUCAGAUUCUGGGCGUCUCCCAUGUGGCCAACAUCGCGGGAGUGAACGCCUCAUUUCUCACCCUCUUUUCCGUUACCGAUUUCGGCUACUUGAUCAAAUGGGGAGAACAAUCGUUCCCGAUGAGGCACAAGGAAAUCCACUGUCUCAAUAUGCCGCAAGCGUUGCGCUACGUCUACGAUUUCGCCAAGUCCAACAUGAGCCAGAAGCUGAAACAGCGAUUUAUGGUGCACGAUUCGAUGGAGAGUCUGUUCGACAAGGUGGACAAGCGAUGCCUGCCUAAGGAAAUGGGCGGAGAAAUCUCCCGGGAGCAGAUGGUGGCCUCCUGGCAGACGGAGUUGGAGAAGAUGAGGAAACGCCUGCUGACCAUCGACCAGAUAGAGCUGCUCAGCGAUCGGGGCAUUAUCUGUUCGCGAAAUGCCGCCCGCAAUGCCCUCAACACGCUGAGCGGCAGCUUCCGGAAGCUCGAACUAGACUGAACUCUGUAGCUGAGAAGCCCCCAGUCUAUUCUUGCCUUUGUACAUAUUCUUAGACUUAGCGCAGUACCGCUCCCAUCAUCACCUUUAGCCCCUAAGCGUGGUAUAACACAUACAUAUAGUGUAAGUAAUUUUAGUUGUUCAUAGUCUUAGUAGGUAGGUGCGAGCGCCGAAUAAAUCUACAAUUGCCUACAUU